AUGCCGUCCCUGACGUUGAGACGAUACAAAAGCCGCCGCGUCACCCACACUUCCGAUUGCAACGGCGCCUCGGACAGCAGUCACCAUUCGUCUACCGACGAACACAACCGCUGCUGGUACAAACAGCUCAUGCUCGAUUUUUGGCAGGGCCUUCUUGCGGCUCUGAAGCAUUUAGCCAUGCUCCCUUCGUUGAUACACACUGUUCUUCCGCUGACCUCACGGAAACGCAACAUGCGUGAGGCUCUGCGGACCUAUGACCGCACCAUGGACGACUUUUUGCGCGAGACACAACGCCUUCUGGAGGACCCUCUCGAUACCGCAAGGCUGCAACAAAUCUCCGCAGGACUACAGGAGCAGUUCAUACCCAAACUGCAGGCCAGCGACAUUUGCAUGCUUCCUUCCUACAACCACAAAUUGCCAUCUGGUCUUGAAAAGGGGACUUACCUGGCGCUCGAUGUUGGCGGCUCAACGUUCCGCAUCGCUUUGGUGGAGCUGAAUGGCAGGCAGCCUGGUGCCAAGAACAUGCGCAUCGUCAACAUGAAGAGUUUCAAGAUUGAUGAGAAGAUUCGGCAACGACGAGGGACAGACUUUUUUGACUGGAUGGCCGAGAAGAUUGAGAUUGCGCUCGCAGAAGCUCCUCCUCAGAAGGUCGACAACAUGAAUAGUUUCCCUAUGGGACUAGCGUGGUCCUUUCCCAUUGAACAAACUUCGUCACGUAGCGGAAACCUUCUCGAGAUGGGUAAAGGUUUUCAUGCAACUCACGGUGUUCUCGGUCAAGAUCUCAGCGAACUGAUCAUGGCGCCGUGCAGGAAGAGAAAUCUACCGGUGCACAUGGACUCCAUUGUCAACGACUCUUCCGCAACGUUGCUGUCACGGGCUUACGAAGACCCAUCAACACGUUUUGCCGUCAUCCUCGGAACUGGAUUCAACAUCUCCGUGCACCUGCCCGUUUCGUCACUUGCAGCAACCAAGUACAAAGGCUACCCCCAAAAGUGGCUAGACGAAGCCACGCAUGUCCUCGUCAACACUGAAUGUAGUAUGUUUGGGAAGAACGUCUUUCCAACCACUCGGUGGGAUGAUCAGCUCAAUGCAACACACAUGCGACCGGACUUUCAGCCGUUCGAGCAUAUGAUCAGCGGCCGCUACCUCGGGGAGAUCGUCCGGUUGAUCAUAGUUGAGGCUGUCCGCACUGCAGGCUUGUUCAGUGGUGAGCUGCCAGCCAAAUUGAGCGAACCCUAUUCUUUGGACACCGGGACAAUCGCCGCCAUGGAGAUGGACGGCUCGAAGCACCUUACUGCCGCCAUUGCAAUCCUGCAAACGAAGCACCCUUUAAGCAAGCCGCCCACGUACAACGACAUUCAGUUCGUUCGUCAGAUCUCCCAACUCGUCUCGCACCGUGCAGCAGGAUUUCUCGCCACCGGAAUUCACGCGUUGUGGAUAUUGCGCACCACCGCAGAGGGCCUUACACCAGCAUUCGCCGGUCAGAUGAGCAUUGGCUGCAACGGCUCUGUAAUCGAAAAGUACCCAUUGUUCAGGGAACUUUGUCAGACACAUCUUGAUGAUCUUGCCGUUGCAUCUGGCGCCGAACCCGGGUCGAUUAAGCUCGAGAUCGCCAUUGAGUCCGCCAUCUUCGGCGCAGCUGUCUCCGUCUGCAGUCUCGAAGGCCAAUAG